UACCCCUACUUUCUCUCACGCUACUACUUUCCUCUCUCUCUCUAACUCUGACGGACUUUCUCUCACUUUACCACUUUCCUCUCUCUCUCUAACUCUGUCAUGAGAUGGACCCGGUGUUCUCGCUCCUCUAAGCUGAGCUCAAAGACCCUUCUGUCCUGUCCCGCCACAACCUAUUUAUAAAUCUAAAAUAAAGGCCUUAAUAAUACUCUCUCUCUCGUUUCCUACUCUCUCUUUCUACUUUCGUCUUGUCUCUCUCUUGAACAUCUCUUCCUCAUUGUGGAGCUAGUCCCAGAGGGGUGGUCCUGUCCGCUGCGUUUAUUGGUCCAUCGCCCAUGGCUGCUGCCUUCAAGGCCUUGAUCUCCUCUGAAACUCUUCCUCUCCUCAGGUCUCUUGAAGCAGGGCGCAAUCUUUCUGCUUGUUUGCCUUAUGGAGCGAAAACCCUAAGUCUCUCUCAGUUUCAGCAUGCCCUUCGAGCUGAAUUUGAGAAGGAAAGGAGUAUUUGCAGAUGUUCUUCAGAUUCUACAACUCUACCGGGAUCAUCCUCCCAGGGAUCUGAUGAAGGCACGGAUUCUGUGCCCACACCAAUAGUUUUGAUAGAUCAAGAUUCUGACAAGGAUUCUACGGUUGUCGAAAUUAGCUUUGGGGAUCGUCUUGGUGCUCUUGUGGAUACGAUGAAGGCCUUAACUGAUUUGGGCUUGGACGUGACUAAGGGAACAGUUUCAAGUGAGGCUUCCGUCAUCCGAACAAAAUUUUUCAUAACGCGAUUGCACACUGGUCGCAAAGUAGAAGAUCCUGAUAUGCUGGAGAGAAUUCGACUUACCAUCAUUAACAACCUAUUGAAGUAUCACCCGGAAUCUAGUGAACGGCUGGCCUUGGGUGAAGCUUUUGGAAUUAAAGCACCACAGAAAAAGCUUGAUGUUGACAUUGCAACCCAUAUACAUGUUAAGGAUGACGGACCCAAGAGAAGCUUACUGAUCAUAGAAACAGCUGAUCGCCCUGGGCUUCUGAUGGAGAUUGUCAAAAUUCUAGCGGACGUCAAUGUCAGUGUGGAAUCGGCAGAGAUUGACACUGAAGGGCUUAUAGCGAAGGAUAGAUUUCAUGUGAGUUACAGAGGUGCUGCCCUCAACAGCUCUCUGUCAGAGGUGUUAACAAACUGCCUGCGCUAUUACCUUCGAAGACCUGAAACAGAUGAUGAUAGCUACUGACUGUAGUGCAUGUUGCUGGUGCACUAACUAACAAUUACUGGCUGGCUUUAUAUGGACUAUGGCAAGUUCCAUGGAGGACUUUUCACAUGUGGCAGCAACUUCAAUUGGGUAUAUCUCGAUGGGUGUUCUAUUGGUGACAUAGUGUCACUAAUAGGUAUAUGGCAUGUACUAUUUAAAAUGGGUAACUUCAGGAGUUCAAACAAUAUCAUAUUUAAAGUAUACCAUUGAAAUAUUACUAUCAUGCCCCUUUAACAAAGAAAUUUUUGGGUAAUGCACCAUUUUAAUGGUGAAGUUUGAGUCUCCUA